UUCCUCGCCUCUGAUUGGCCGCUGCAUCUGCUGGCCAAGAUGGCGCCGACCCUGGUAGAGCAUGUUGUCGCGGACGCUGGAGCGUUUUUAAAACAAGCCCCGCUGCAGGAGUUUGGCCAGAACAUUUACACCCUGCGGGAGGUUGUGGACGAGAUUCGGGACAGAACCACACGGAGGAGUCUGGCCGUCCUGCCGUACCAGCUGACCUUAAGAGAGCCGAACCCGGAGCACAUCAGAACCGUGAUCGAGUUCUCCAAGAAGACAGGCGACUACUCCAGCCUGUCUGCCACCGACAUCAAGGUUCUUGCGCUGACAUACCAGCUGCAGCUGGAGCACGUCGGGUCGCAGAACCUCAAGGCGGAACCGGACCUGAAGGUGACCAUCCAGAGCACACAGCGCCACCCAGAGGCUCCGGUCCACAUCGCGGGCUUUCACUUUCCCUCCAGGUAUGGACCAAAGCCGGUUCUGGUUCAGGUUCUGGAAAUCUGAGUUUUCUUCCUGUCUCUUCAGAGGACUGUGAACGCCACAAAUGCCAGACACACUGGGUCGGAACCAUCCACUCAGAUGGACCCGGACCAGUUCAACAGCUUCCAGUUCUGGAGGCAGCCGCUACCGAGCCUGGAGGGAGACCUGCUGGACCUGCUGGAUCUGACCGAUGCGGUCCAGCAGCCAGACAUCCCAGUGUCUUCAGGGACAGACGAAGACUUCAGCAGCUUCCGGUUCUGGAGAGACCCGGUUCCCAGCGUGGACCAGGACCUGCUGGCCCUCCUGGUGGAGGAGAAGAGGGCGGAGCCUGGGCUGGCAGAGGACCAAUCACAGGACGACAAUGAUGAUGAUGAUGGCUGGAUCACUCCCAGCAACAUCAGGCAGGUGAAGAUGGAGUCGUCUGAUUGGACGGAGGCGGCUGACGUCAGUGGGUGCCUGACCACCGACUUCGCCAUGCAGAACGUUCUGAUCCAGAUGGGCCUCCAUGUUCUGUCCGUCGGCGGUCUGGUGAUCCGCCGUGCCCGCAGCUACAUCCUGCGGUGCCACGCCUGCUUCAGGACGACCAGCAACAUGAGCAAAGUGUUCUGCCCUCACUGCGGCAACCAGACCCUGAAGAAGCUGGCGGUUACCGUUGGUGAUGAUGGCAGCAUCCAGAUGCACUUCUCCAAAAACCCCAAGAUCAUGAACCCCCGAGGAACCAGGUACUCGCUGCCGCUGCCUCGCGGUGGGAAGCACGCCGCCAACCCCCACCUGGUGGAGGACCAGCGCUUCCCGCAGCAGCGGCUCUCCAGGAAGGCCCGGCAGAAGACGGACGUGUUCGACCCGGACUACGUGGCCGGAGUGUCGCCGUUCUGCCAGAACGACGUCUACAGCCGCGCCGCUAACCUGCAGAUCCGCGACGGGCAGAGUGGCGCCGGCCGCAGGCGGGUCAACCCCAACGCCGCCCACAGGAAGUUCCAUAAGAAGAAGUGAUGGAACCGGGUCCAGCCCGGCUCUGGACUUUGGUUUCAGAUCAUGAAAAAGAAUUUCUCACUCAUGUUUUCAAAACUCUGAACAUCUUGUAGGACUUUUCCAGAACCCGUUUCAUUUCUUGGCUCAGAACCUCCUGCAUAAAUAAAUGCUUCUUUAUUAUUGCUAUUAAAUUUAGUUUGAACGCUU